AUGGAAGUUUCUUCGGCGUCGAAUCCUACUGAACGACCAGGCCGGUCUUCCACUACUUCCGACAAGACACUGGUUGGCGCCGCAAACCCAAAUACAGAUAGUUUGGCCAAAGACUAUACUUUCCGCAAACCACCUUCCGAUGCCAGUUCUUCAAGUCAAAAUCGAGGUAGCUCACUUCCCGGUCUGGUGGACAAGGUGAAGAGCAAGAUCAAGGCAAAGCUCAAGGACAAAGAAACAGACUCGAAACCGAGCUCAAAACCGAGCCCACUGGCAAACGAUUUCUAUCCUGAUUCAAGGUUUAUGUGGCAGGCAUUGGCGGAGACAAGAAUGUGA